AUGGCAAAAGACAUUUAUGUUUUAAGCGUAAAAUUUUAUUCUAAGAGAAGAAAUAAAAUUCACAACAAUGUUUCAGUUCAUUAGGAAAUUUUGAAUCCAUUCAACAUGUAAACGAUUCGAAUAAAUGGGAUGAUAUAAAAUAGUCAAGAUAAGAUCUAAUGAAAAAAUAUCAUUAGUUUAAAACAAAUGAAGCAAAAAAAACAACUUUAUCAACAUAUUAAUCUUAGAAAGUAUUGAUAAUUAGAUUAAAGGUUCUUGUUCCAAAGCUAGAAAAUUUUGACAUAAAAUUAAAUAUUAAGAGAGAUAAUAUUUUGAAAAUUAAUGAUAAAGAAAAUAUUACAAUUUCAUAAUAGAAGCAACAAGAGAAACCUGGAUCAAAUAGUUUAAGAACUAGAUAAGAAUCAGUCUAUGAAAGGUAAUAAAAAUUAAUAAAUAAAGAUUAUAUAAUUAGAGAGAUACAGAAAAUAAAGCACCAAAAGUAAUUUAAAAAAAUGUAAUACCAACCAAAAAUUCUAAUUAAUAAUCUAAAUAUAUCCUGGCCCAUAAUACUUUAAUUUAGAAGCGUUCUUCUGAUCCAUCAAUUUUGAUGCCAAUAUCUACUUUGAUUAAAAAAACUUAAAAGCAAUAAAUAGCUUAACAGCAGGAACAAAAAAAUACCUAAAUAUAAAUCUUAUAAGAAUAAAAUAAUACUCAAUAGGAGAUUUAUAAAGUCAAUAUCAGUAAAUAGUAAAUUUACGAUCAUUAAAAAUUUGAGUGUUCUAAAUAAAAUUAAUCAGCUGAAAUACAAACUAACAUUAAUUAAUCAUAAUUGCCAAUAAAACAUUGUUAUUUCUCUUUAAUAAAUGCUGAAGAAAGUAAAAAAAUUUGUUAAACUAGAGUAUUAAAAUAAAAAAGUGAGAUCUUUAAGUAGUGAGAAAAAUAAAGUAAAAUAAAAUUUUAAAUCAUAAAAAGGAGGAAAUCGUGCACAUACUUAAGGGAAGCAGGAAAUAAAAAAUUAAUAAAAAAUAAAUAGAUUAUACGAAUAUAUUUUAGAGGGAAAUUACUGA